AUGUCAGUGCUGCGAGUGGGAUCAGGGACACUUAGGGUGGCGCCUGAGGACUUGAAACCUAUCUUGUCCCAGGCUGGCCUUUCGCUGUCACCUCCUCUGCUGGAAGACUACAGUAAAUUACUCAGCGGCCUCGAUGCAGCGAUCGCUUCUCUACCUGACGACAAGCCUGGUAUACCUUGCCCAGACCUGGAGAAAUACCCUCGUACGGACAUUCACGUGCCCAAGGACACUGAGGGAGGUGGAUGGGCGAUAAAAGUUACAGCCAAAUGCACAACCCCCAAAAAUGACCUCUUGCAAGGUCGCACAGUAGCUCUGAAAGACAACAUGGCUUUCGCUGGUGUACCGUGCACCAAUGGGACGGAUAUGGUUGAGUGGGUACCGGAAAUCGAUGCAACCGUUGCUACGAGGAUCAUGGAUGCCGGAGGUAUCAUCUUGGGGAAAGCAGCUUGCGAGAAUUCCUGCUGCGAGGGGAUGUCAGCCACGGCCAUUACCGGCCAGGUCCAUAACCCAUAUGCUGAUGGCUAUAAUGCCGGUGGGUCAAGCAGCGGCUCGGGUCGCCUGGUAGCAAUCGGCUCCGUUGAUCUUGCCAUUGGCUGUGACCAAGGUGGGAGCAUCCGGAUUCCCGCAUCAUCUUGCGGCAUCGUAGGACUCAAGCCUACCUGUGGCUUGGUGCCUUAUACCGGUAUCCUCAGCUUGGAUGCACACCUAGAUCAUGUAGGCCCGAUGACCAAGAAUGUCCGAGAUUGUGCAUUACUCCUCGAAGCCAUCGCAGGCCCAGAUGGCUGGGACGACCGACAACCGCCCUUCGGCCUCGAGGGAGAGAGACUCAAAUUCGUGGAACCUGUCGGUAUUGUCGCCGCAAGAGAGACCUCGAAGAUGUUAGAAGGGAUGAAGAUUGGGAUCCUGAAAGAAGGAUUCGACAUCGCAGGAAUGGACCCAAAUGUGGAGAGGUCCGUAAAGUCGGCAAUUGAAAAGUUCGCCAGCCUUGGUGCCACCGUCUCUGAAGUGUCCGUACCACUCCAUAAGGAGGCGCCGACGGUAUGGAUGUGCGCGGUGCAACUCGCAGGUACAAGGCAAGGAAUUCUUGGGGAUCUCCAGGGACGGAAGCAACUUCACUUCACAGACAGGGCUGAAUUGGUGGGUAGUCAACUCACGCAGGCCCAGUUCGACAAGCUUGGCCCCGGAGCCAGCAACUUUUACUUAGGAUCCUUAUGGGUCCAGGAGAAAUACGGCGCAAAGCUACACGGGAAAUGCAUGAACUUGAUGAAGGCAAUAAGUGAUGCCUAUGACAAGGCUUUAGAGGAGUGUGACGUCCUCGUUAUGCCAACUCUCCCAUCUCCUCCACCACGGCUGCCAGAUCCAGGAGCGUUGGGGGAAUCUGAGACACCAUUGAAAUUCCUUUCUCGCACGCCAGGAAUGAUCUCCAACACAGCGCCAUUUGACAAUUCUGGUCACCCAGCCCUGUCACUUCCGGUCGGCUUCGUCCCUGCGGUGGAAGAUGCAUCGGUGAGGCUGCCAACUGGCCUGCAAAUCGUCGGCCGCAAAUAUCAUGAUGUGGAUUGCCUCAAGGUUGCGGCGGCAUGGGAGAAGUCAUUCGACUGGAAGACGUUGUAA